AUGAUCGUCCCACUGCAGGGCAAAGGCCUGUCCUUCCACUCCUUUCUAUCGGUUUCCUUAGAAAAUUUGGUGGACAACUGUAACAAGCUGCUUGAGAAGUUCCACUAUUCCUGGGAGAUGAUGCCUUUGGUCCUGGUCAUCCUGAAUUACGCAGGCAGUGACGUGGACGAGGCCUCACGGAAAAUAGACGAAGGAAAGAUGAUAAUCAACGAAUACGCGAGGAAGAAUAAUCUGAACGUGUUCGACGGGUUAGAGCUGAGGAACUCGACACGCCAGUACGGACAUUAA